AUGCGCAGGCCUGGUAUGGACUAUGCCCCCCAGCCUUUGUCUGGUGGAAUGGCAAGAGGAAUUAAGAGGAAGAUGGCUCAGCCAUUCAAGGCUCCUGUAGGUUUUGGCAAAAAACCAAAGCUGGCAAAAGCUGGAGCAAACCAAACCACCAAACCUGCUCCUGCACCAGAGCCAGUUGAUCCAGAAGAGGAGGAGAAGCGCCGCACAGAGGCAAGAAGGGAGAAACAGAGGCGUAGAAGAGAGAAGAACAGUGAAAAAUACGGAGAUGGGUACAGAAUGGCCUUUACCUGCUCAUUCUGCAAGUUCAGAUCAUUUGAAGAAAAGGGUAUUGAGGAUCACUUGGCCAGUGAAGCUCAUCAGGAGAUGCUUGAUCAUAUCCAAAAACAAACCAAAUUUGACAAGCCUGUUAUGGAGUUUUUGCAUGAAUGCAUCGUUAACAAGUAUAAGAAAACUGCUGCACGUAAAGCCCCAACCAAUAAUCAAAAUGAAGCUGCAAAAGCUCCCGAGAAAGAUAUUAUGGAAGGUGUUACUCCAGAUGAUCACAUGAUGAAAGUUGAAACUGUACACUGCAGUGCCUGCAGUGUGUAUGUUCCUGCUUUACACAGCUCUGUGCAGCUGCACCUGAAAUCUGCUGAUCACUCAAAGAGCAAGCUGGCUUACAAAGAUCAGAUAAAGAGAGAAAGCAUCUUGACUGCAACAAGCAUAUUGAACAACCCACUUGUAAAGGCAAGAUAUGAACUCUAUUUGAAGGGUGAAAAUCCAUUUGAAACUCAUGUUGAAGAAGCUGCUCAAGAAACGGUUACUGAGGAUGCUGAAGCUGCUGCUACUGUACCAGAGAGUGAUGCAGCCAACACUGGGGAAGCUGCAGCAGACAAUGAAGAAGACUUCACUGCUGAUCCAUUGACCUCAACUGAUGAAAAUUAG